AUGGCUGUCAGUGAAAAGAGACUCAGUAGAAGGCAGGCAGGUGCCUCUCCAGAGGUGAAGGAGACUCCCAAGCAAUUGUCAUCCCUCCACAGACGAGAUAGGGAGUGUAAUCGUGGAGAUUGGAACAUGUUCCCGAAAGGAAAAAGGAGUCAUAAUUCAACAACAAAGGUGGAGGGAAUAGACUUCCUAUCUCCUACUGUUGCCAAAGCGGCUAAGAAACUGCAUGUCAGCCCUGGUUCCAGUGCCGAAAGGCCCAAAAUGAGAGUACUUCGAAAGAAUCCCUUCCUGUCGCAGAACACCACCCAAUUCAACUCUGCACCCAUUGCCGCCAAUAGAAAGAACAAACGCUGCAUUGUGGAACAGGAAAGUCUGUCAGCACUUAUUGGCAAGAAUACAGUUUGCGGUGAUUGCAACAAGAAAGCGAAGGUUGAACUUACCUUUGCCCAUUGUGGUGUGGUCACCAUACCCAAAAUACGGUGUACCAAUCCUCACUGCAACAACCAAGACGUCGCUGAUGUAGCCAAGACAAACGUGGAGAGAGCACAAACGAACGCUCAUCAAGGAACAAGUAACCUGAUUUAA